AUGAACAGUGGUAUUCCAAAUCCAUACAAACGCAAAUACAUCGACAUGAUCGAAAAAGGACAGAACAGUUCACCUGAAAAGCUCAUGAUGCAUGGCAUAUUUGUUCCUGUCGUGGAUGACACGACUUUUGACCGACCGCAGAGCGACCUCCGGCAAGAUCUGGCGGGAACGGCGGCGGCCCGACGGUUGCACUACAUAAACUACUUGAAUUGGUGUGGUCGUGUACCUGUAAGCAAAACACACACAAUCAAUCGCGUGGCAGUGCAAGUCAUGGUGCAUCGUAUGGAGCAACUUGAAAACGAACUCAGCCGGAAACUUGAAGUACAAGUCAAGUUUAAGUCGAACCUGGAAUCCAGUGAGGAUAAGGUUGAACGAUUUAUCAGUGAUCAGGCAUUGAUUAUCAGUGAUCUCCAAUAUCACCACACCAAUCAAGUCGGGAUGGUGGCUCAAGUGACGAUUGCUAAGCGCCGCUUAACGCGUUUCUGCAACAAACUUGACCAAGCUUUGCAACGCUCCAGAGAGGAGAAGCUAGAUUCCCUACAAGUAAAUACUGAAGACCUUUCAAGUAAGGUUAACCUGGGCAACCUUUGCCGCCUAGAAGAAGCAGUAGGGACGGUAGAAACAGUCAGUAGUCAAGUGGAAAAGGCGUUGGGGGACUUUUUGUCUCUCGACGGAGCGGGUGAAGAAAGUGACCCUAACGACACAGAACAGUAUGUCACUCGCGCAGAGGAUUGUCUCUCAUCUGCGUUGGAAUACAUUGCACUCCUGCAAGGUAGGAUACAGGCGCUGAAGUCUCUUGAAACAUUGAGGUUACGGCAGACAACUCAGAGCGCAGCGCUCCCCAACGUAGUCCUCAACCAAUUUAACUACUUAUUGAAUGCUCUUGAUGGGGAAGCAAGGGAAUCCGUCAAGAAAUUCCAUGUUACCCCCGAGAACUACUCUAGAGCCGUGAGCUUUCUUCAAGCCCGGUACGGCAACCCUGAAGAACUGAUCCAGAAACUAGAGAAGCCUCAGCAAGCACAAGUUGUGGAUUUAAAGAAGACUCCUACUAGAACGAAAAGGGAUGUCAAAACGACUCAAAAGGUUAACGUUGUAGCCGGAGAGGAACGGCUUGAAGAGUCUGAGACGGCAAUUCUUCAAGUCCAGUCAACAAAAGAGAUCCAUUCAACUACAUUUCUACCCAUAGGCGAGAUUCAAGUGGUCGAUAACAAGAAAGGCAACCUCCGCAGUGUACCUGUCUUGUUAGACACUGGCGCAGAGAUUUCAUUUAUCGAGAACACAUUGGCUGAGGAGCUCCAACUCACAACCAUAUCACAGAAAGUACUUCUUCUCCAUACAUUUGGCUCCGAGAAGAUUCAGAAGAAAAUUUGCCGCAUUGUGCAAGUCCAAGUCCGAGAUAUUGAAGGAAAAUACCACGAGUUAGAGCUUGUGACACAUGAUGUUCUUACAAGACCAAUGCGCUGCCCUCCACUACUUGAGGAGGACCUCCAAUUCAUCAAAUCUCUCAAUCUCUCAGUUACAUAUGGGAGGAAAGGAAAACAAAUACAGCCGCUGAUACUCCUUGGCUGUGAUCAAGUAUGGAAAUUCUGGAAAACAGAUCAGACGCCAGUUUCUCUUCCAUCAGGACUUCAUCUUCUACCAACAAAAACUGGCAACCUAAUCACAGGCAGACAUCUAGAUUCACGACAAGUCCUAGAAAUACAGACUUCCGAAGAGGUUGACAAGUGGGACAAGUAUUGGUCCUUAGAAGCACAAAUGAACAGAAAGCACAUUACAAGUCCAUGGACAACAAGAGUUUUCGAGAUACUACACCUGACGUUGAAAAAGCCAUAG